UCUCUCUCUCUCUCUCUCUCUCUCUCUCUCUCUCUCUCUCUCUCUCUAGCCUUCUCCUUCUCCUUCUCCUUCCAGCAUGCAACCUUGUAGCAGAGAGAUGCAGAGCCUCAACUCCCUCCUGAACCCUCCCCAGGUCUCCCUCCACGACCUCCAGGGCGGCAACGGCGACCACCACCAGAUCCAGGGCGGCGCCGCCCACUUCGACCCCUCCUCCUCCGGCGACGACUUCCUCGACCACAUGUUCUCCGCCAUGCCUCCCUGGGCCGACCACCUCGGCCCCGCCGACCCCCACCCCAUGCCCCAGAACGGCGACGUCCCCGUCGACCUGUCGGAGGACGUCGGCGGCUUCCACGGCCUGGACGAGGCCACGGUCCUGGCCGCGAAGCUGAGGCAGCACCAGAUCGGCGGCGGCGGCGGGGGCUCCCAGGCCGGGGCCGCGGCGGCGGCGAAGGCGAUGAUGCUGCAGCAGAUGUUGAUGGCCGCUGGCGACGGGUCGUCGUUGUCCUCCCAUUUCAAGUCUGCGAAUCUGGAAGGCGACAGCUCGGUUCAAGCUCUGUUCAAUGGCUUCGCCGGAUCUCUGCAUGGCAACGGCCAAGCUUCGAACCAGUCCCAGCAUUUUCCUCUACCUCAGGCGGGGUCGAUGCCAACGGCGCCGAAUUUCAGCGCUCAAGUGGCUGUGAGUGGUUCAGGCGGUGGCGCCGCGGCCACCGCCGCGCCAGGUCAGCCGAGGCAGAGAGUGAGGGCGAGGAGAGGCCAAGCCACCGAUCCCCACAGCAUCGCCGAAAGACUGAGGAGAGAGAGGAUAGCAGAGAGAAUGAAGGCGCUGCAGGAGCUGGUUCCCAAUGCCAACAAGACGGACAAGGCAUCAAUGCUGGAUGAGAUCAUCGACUAUGUGAAAUUCCUCCAGCUCCAAGUCAAGGUGCUGAGCAUGAGCAGACUGGGCGGCGCGGCCGCCGUUGCUCCUCUCGUCGCCGAUAUGUCCUCUGAGGGAGGCGGUCGCGGCGACAGUUCUCAGGCGAACGGCAACGGGCGGAGCAGCUCCAACGGCGGCGACAGCCUGACGGUGACGGAGCACCAGGUGGCGAAGCUCAUGGAGGAGGACAUGGGGUCCGCCAUGCAGUACCUGCAGGGGAAGGGCCUCUGCCUCAUGCCCAUCUCCCUCGCCACCGCCAUCUCCACCGCCACCUGCCAGUCCCGCAUCCCCCUCCCCUCCGCCGCCGGCGCCGGCCACCACGGCCCCGGAGACGGGCCCACCUCGCCGAGCGUGUCGGCCCUGACCGUCCAGUCCGCCGCUCUGGCCGGGGGCAGCGCCGUGGACGCCAAGGACGCGGCCUCCAUCUCCAAGCCCUGAUCGAGGAAAGGAAACCGCCACGUGGCGCUGACUGUUGACUGCCCCCCUAUCCUAUCCUCCCGUCCUUUUCGUUAUUUCUUGUUUUUCUGAUUUUCGUUUGACCGAGCGGGGAAGAAGAGGUGGGGCCCGAGAAAAAAGGAGAGAGACGUGGGCUCGACGGGUUUCUCGUUUCGUGUGCGAAAGUCUACGAAAAUAAGGUGGUCCUGCACUUGGCUCUUUUUACGACGCCGUAUUUGGGUAGACUUUGGCCCAAACGAAAAGCUAACUUCAUCAAAU